AUGUCGGCCACAAUUCAUCUCCUAUUCUUUUGGCUCACCUCCCGUGUUCAUGCCAUGGAGUCUGAUACCUUCAACACCUUCUUCAACACCUUCAUCGAGCAGUUUUCCUCCCAGUUACACAACACUCUGCAUGGCUCGCUCCUCAAACCUGCUAUUGUCCGUCCGAGUUCUGGUGGUGCUGUUCGUCAUGAGCGAACGAAAGCUGGCCGACAGAAACCUUAUUCCACGCACACUGUACCCAGCAAAUCAGCACAUUCUUUGUUCCAAACUAGCCCGACGAUCAGCUGCAACCCAAACCUGGCCUCUUCCUCUCGUUAUGUCUUAUCUGUCGAUACCACAGUUCACACCGAGUCAGUUUUGUCGCAAUGCCUCGCCACCUCUACCCUUAACCAAUACGGUGCAUCUUUGCAGUCCUUUAUGGCCUUUUGUGAUGCGGAGAACAUUUUCCUUGGCAUGCACCUCCCUGCCGAUGAGUUCCUGCUUUGUGCAUUUGCGGCAUCAAAAGCGGGGUCUCACGGUCGUUCCUCUGUUCAAAAUAUGUUAUCUGCUGUGCGCACAUGGCAUAUCAUUCAAGGCGUAGCAUGGCAUGGAGGCCCUCACCUUGCCUACAUUCUCAAUGCCGUUGAACGCCUCAGUCCUGAUCGACAAACCCCUCAGCUACCAAUCACACGCUCGAUGCUGGAGCUUCUUCAUCGUGAACUCAACGCAUCUGAUCCGGAGCUGCUCUGCAUUCUAUGUGCGGCCAAUGUGGCCUUUUAG